AUGAAGGUCCGAUCAUGGCUGUCAACAUGCUCCUCCACCACCUGCAUCGCCACCUCCGGCGGUGGCCCCACCACCCCAUCAGCAAAACCUCUCCAUUCCGACACUUCUUCUGACAUCCAAUCCCUAUCCUCCACAUCCUCCCAAGAUACCUCUUCCAGCAGCCUCCAAAGCAACCUCUCCCUCCUAACUCUCCCCUCCGUCCCUUCCCUCCAAAAAUUCUCGCCGGAAAACUUAAAUCUCUCCAUCUCCACCCAUUUUCUCACUACCCUCAAACACCGCCGCCCUGUCCACAUCAAUUUCAUGGCUGUCAACGACAACUUACUAUACGCUGCCUCCGGCAAUGAAAUCAAUGUUUUUGAGAUAAUUAAUAAUUCUCUGAUCGAUACUUUCAGUGGAGAUAAUAUUUCCUCCGGUGCCGUCAAGUCUGUUGCUUUUUGCGACGGAAAAAUCUUCACUGCUCAUCAAGAUUGCAAAAUCCGUGUGUGGAAAUUAACAAUUCAUAAAAAACACAAGCUCAUUACAAGUCUCCCAACACUCGAAGACCGUUUCCGCAAAUUCAUUUUACCUCAGAACUACGUAAAGGUACGUCGACACAAGAAAAAACUCUGGAUUGAACACCAUGAUGCAGUAUCAGGCCUAGCUGUGUAUAAAAAUUCUGUGUCAUCAAUUUCAUGGGAUAAGAGUUUAAAGAUUUGGAGGGGCUCUGAUUUUCGAUGCGCAGAAUCCAUUACAGCACAUGAUGAUUCUAUAAACGCAGUUAUAGUAUCAAAUGAUGGAAUAAUCUACACAGGAUCAGCUGAUAAAAGGAUUAAAGUAUGGGGAACUACGCUGGUGCAGGAGAAAAAAGAAAAGAAAAUCCAUUUAAUAGCAACUUUGGAAAAGCAUAAAUCUGCUGUAAAUGCACUGGCAUUGAAUUCUGCCAGAAAUAUAUUAUUUUCCGGCGCAUGUGACCGGUCGAUUCUUGUAUGGGAAAGGGAAGACAGUGCAAAUUAUAUGGUGGUGUCCGGUGCGUUGAGGGGUCAUUCAAGGGCCAUAUUGUGUUUGAUCGGUGUUGAUGAUUUUCUGUUCAGUGGGUCAGCUGAUCAAACGGUGAGAAUUUGGCAACGGAGGAUUGAUGGUUUGUAUACUUGUUUGGCUGUGCUUGAUGGGCACCAGAAGCCGGUCAGGUCGUUGGCGGCGGUGGAAGGUGGUGAUUCUGGUGGUGGUGUUAAGGUUUUUAGUGGAAGUUUUGAUGGAGAAAUUAAGGUGUGGCAGGUUGAGGUCUCGGGUGUUAUUAGUCCCUUGUCUUAA